AAACAAUUCAGUACAUCGUUAUCCGCCGGAGGUAAAAGUCAAUUGUUUUUAAUACCAAAGAAAAAUAACACGAUUUUAAAGUAGACGAAAAAUCGCGAGUGCUUUGUGGGAACUAUACGUGGAAAAAGGUACAUACAUAUAUAUUUGUGUGUUGCAUUGUGAUUUAAACAAGUUUUAUCAUAUAUUAUUGAGUAUUAUUUAUGUACGCUAAUUAUGCCCGGAAGAAAUUUGUUAGUGCCUAUCAUAACGUGCAUAUACGUACGUACAUACUAUACACAUAUAUAUAAACAAAUGAUAUAUGCGAAUAAAUUAAACGAAUACGAAUAUGUUAGAAUAUAUCUGCAACGCUAUAUAGAAUUUGAAGAUUUGCGUAUCUUGGUAUGUUCCGCAUACAAUAGUGUAGAGUAAUUGAACCCGUCUUUAAAAAAAAAAAUAUAUAAUUGUUUUGCGCAUUUAGCUAAGUAAAUGAUCUUUUGUUGAUUGAUACAGACCAUCACUUGUUAGCUCAAACGUAUAACGUUAAAAAUAAGUAGCCAAGUCCAUACCAUUGAAGGUGCGAGCAAUUUAUAAUUCUGGCGCAAAUUGAACAAUUUUCUUUGGAAGUUAUUAUGCCGAACACUUGGAACGCUUAGAAAGACUUUUGUUCGAUUUGAGCUUAUUUAAAAUUUUAAUUGAUUGUAAUAUAAAUAUGUAAUAUGCACCGUUAAAUAUGUAUGUGGUUUUUUGAAAUAUCGGGACAACAAGUACGCAGUGAAGGUGAAAUAAGGAGGAAAAUAAAUUUAGAAUAAAAAUAACACAGUGGAGAUUUAAUUGAGACAACUUUCAACUGUUUUCAAAUAUCUAUAGAAUAAGUCAUUCAGCAACAGAAAAUGCCAAACGGUAAAUUUUAUGUGGUUUCCUGCUUGAGUGACAGUAAUUGGCUUUACUUGCGCACAUAAAUUUUUUAAUUUCACUUCAAUUUGAAGCUUGAAAAAUAAUAAAAAAGGCAAUAUCAAUUUAGAAUUCUUGGUAAUAAUUCUAAAUACAAAAUAAUUCAUUGAGCAUCGCGUGAUCGCAUUGUGGAGCGUGCCGAAAAGAGAGCAUUUAUAUAACUACAACGAAACAAAUCAAAUCAAUCAAAUCAAGCUCUGGUUUAACGGUUGCUGAGGCUACGUCUGGUAGGAGCUGUAAAAAUGGCAGCGAAGAUGGCAGUAAUCUGCAGCAUUUUGGCUGUGUUUAUUCUGCUGCCCGGCGCUCCCGCCUUCCGCACGCAGUCGACCCUGAUACAGCCCCCGGCGCAAAGUGACAAAUUUGCCCCCAGCCGUAACGUCAUGCAUCGUGCGUUCGCUAAUGCUGGCCGAGCGCCUGGUUUGGAGAUAUGGCGCAUUGAGAACUUUGAACCUGUGGUUUACCCCAAAAAUAACUAUGGCAAAUUUUUUACCGGAGACUCGUUUAUUGUACUAAACACAAUCGAACGCAAAGAUAAGAAACUCUCCUGGGAUAUUCAUUUUUGGUUGGGUUCGGAAACAUCGACCGACGAAGCUGGCGCUGCCGCUAUUUAUGCUGUGCAGUUGGAUGACCAGCUUAAUGGCACUCCGGUGCAGCACCGUGAAGUUCAGGAUCACGAAUCACAACUAUUUCUCAGUUACUUCAGAAACGGUGUGCGUUAUGAGCAAGGUGGCGUUGGAACCGGCUUCAAGCAUGUGGAGACUAAUGCAGCCGGCGAGAAGCGUCUCUUCCAGGUGAAGGGCAAACGUAACGUGCGUGUCCGUCAGGUGAAUCUGUCUGUGUCGUCGAUGAACAAAGGCGAUUGCUUCAUUUUAGAUGCCGGCAAUGAGAUUCUCGUUUAUGUCGGACCUCAAGCGAAGCGCGUGGAGAAGUUGAAAGCGAUUAGCGCGGCGAAUCAAAUUCGCGAUCAAGACCACAAUGGUCGUGCCAGGGUUGAGAUAACUGAUGAGUUCAGCUCGGAUUUGGACAAGCAGCACUUUUUUGAAGUUUUAGGCUCAGGUGCGAGCAACCAAGUGCCGGACGAGGCUGCUGAGCAAGAGGAUGGCGCUUUUGAAACGGCUGAUGCAAACUCUGUGUCCUUAUAUAAAGUAUCAGAUGCACGUGGUGGUUUGAAAAUCGAUCCAAUCUCCGCAAAGCCCUUGCGUCAAGAAAUGCUGGACACCAACGACUGUUUUAUUUUGGAUACUGGUUCUGGUAUUUACGUUUGGGUGGGCCGUCGCUCGACAUCAAAGGAAAAGACUGAUGCCUUGAGCAAGGCACAGGAAUUUUUAAGCACUAAAAAGUACCCCGCUUGGACACAGGUACAUCGUGUGAUCGAAGGCGCUGAAUCUGCGCCAUUCAAACAAUAUUUCUCCACUUGGCGCGAUGCAGGUAUGGCACAUACACGUUUGAUACGCUCUGCCAUGGGUUAUGACUCGGACGAUUUUGAAUUGAGCGAACUUACCGAUGUUGAAAAACUUAAAAAGAGCGGUGGUAGUGCUAUUGGCUUCAUGCCUGAUAGUGGUGAAAAUGAUAUCGUAGAAGCGGUACAAUAUGUUAGUAAUUACGGACGUGGAGACACAUUACGAAAUGUUAUUUCACUGACACCAAAAAUGCCGUUGUUGGGAUUCGCCGCCUAUGUAAUUGUCUACAAGUACAAUAACAAGAACAGGGAAUCAGGCAUGAUUAUAUACGUGUGGGAGGGUGUUAAAGCUACACAGGCUGUAAAGGAACGUGCAUUCGAGGAUGGCUUGGCUUUAGCGCUUGAACUCGAUGCAAUAUUGGUGCGUACCACACAGAACAAUGAACCCCGACAUUUUCUCAAAUUAUUCAAGGGAAAAUUGAUCACAUCUUAUACUGCUGUACCAAUCCAUCCACAACUAUAUCGCAUACGUGGCACUGAUGCCAGCGAUGUGCACGCUAGCGAAGUGGUUGCAGACUCUUCGUCGCUAGCCUCAAUUGAUGUUUUUGCUUUGACAACAAUGAACCCGCACAAGAUCUAUAUAUGGGUUGGCUUGGCCGCUAGCAAAUUCGAGAAAGACAUGGCCAUCGAACGAUUUUCAAAGUACUGGUCUGAUGCUGUUGUCGAAGUGGUUGAGGAGGGUGCUGAACCCGAUAACUUUUGGGAGAUUUUGCAUGGAGAGGGCAUAUACGAUCGCAGCAUGAGUGAGGCCACCAAGCCGCUGUUGGAACCAAGGCUAUUUCACUGCCGUUUGAAUGGUGAACGUUUGAAGGUGGAAGAAAUUGCGCGCUUCGAGCAAGCUGAUCUCGACACAAAUGACAUUAUGCUAUUGGAUGCCGGUGAUGAAAUCUAUAUGUGGGUCGGCACUGGUGCCACAGCCGAGGAAAAUGGCAGAAUUCUCGAUUUGGCGAAGAAAUAUAUUAAAGACGAGCCCACAGAACGUACAAUCGAUACUACCACUGUCAUACGCAUUGAACAGAGUCACGAACCUCGGGCCUUCACCCGCUUGUUCCCCACUUGGGAAGCCAAUUACUGGCAGGCCACCCCCUCGUAUGAAGACUUCAGGAAGCAAAUUGUGGAUAGCAACGACAUCUUUGACUCAAAUGAGCUUUAGAAAGGUUUCUAACCUCACAAAAUGUCUCUAAUACCCUAUAAAUAAGCAAUGAACAAGUUAUUUUGUAGAAUAAAUACAUCAAAUUUAUUUUUAAAUGGUAAAAAA